AUGCCUCUAUCCCUAACCAUAAAGAGAACCGAAGGUAAACCGGGCCAAAUCUACUACCCACUCCAGCUCAACACCGUCCCGCUCCCCACGCCGGGCCCCCGAGAGCUCCUCAUCAAGCUCCACGCCGCCGCCCUUAACCACCGCGACUUCUUCAUCCGCCAAUCCCUGUACCCAGGUAUAUCCUUCGGUAACCCCCUCCUCGCCGACGGCUACGGGACCGUCAUCUCCACCGGCCCUCAGUGCACCACUGAGCUCCUGCACAAACCCGUCCUCCUCACCCCCUGCCGCGGCUGGGACGCCGACCCGAAUGGCCCCGAGGACUACGCCAAGUUCAGUAUCAAUGGCGGCACGGUUCAGCACCCCCUCGGCACAGCGCAGGACUACAUCGUCGUUCACGAGUCGGAAGUCGAGCCCGCGCCAGAGCAUCUAUCACCCGCCGAAGGCGCGGCGCUGCCGCUGGUCGGAUUGACGGGAUGGCGGGCCCUGGUUACCAAAAGCGGAAAUGCGUUACCGGGGCGGAAUAUCCUAGUAACUGGUAUCGGAGGCGGUGUAGCGCUACAGGUGUUACAGUUCGGCGUGGCGUUGGGUUGUCAUGUGUAUGUGACCUCCGGCGACGAGGCGAAGGUCGAAAAGGCUCGGCGUAUGGGGGCGAAGGGGGGUGUGAUAUACAAGAAAAAGGAUUGGGAGAAGGAGCUGCAGACGCUGCUGCCAGAGGACCGGCCGUACCUCGAUGCCGUCAUUGACGGGGCCGGUGGCGACAUUGUUGGCAAGGCGACGCGCAUAUUAAAGCCAGGCGGGGUGAUUUCAUGCUAUGGGAUGACGGUCGCCCCUAAGAUGGACUGGAUGAUGCAGGCCGUGCUGAAGAACAUCGAGUUGAGGGGGAGCACUAUGGGGUCGCGAACCGAGUUCAAGGACAUGGUUGACUUUGUAGGGAAGAAGAAGAUCAAGCCUAUCGUUAGUCGUACGGUCAAGGGAUUAGACAACCUGGAAGCUAUCGAUGGGCUGUAUGAGGAUAUGAGAGAUGGCAAGCAGUUUGGCAAGUUGGUCAUCGAGAUAUCUUCCGAUAAUGAGCCAAGCUCAAAACUAUAA